CAAAAGGUUGAACUUUUACUAGAAUCUUAUCUAGUUCUACUUGCCCUAACUUUUGCAGCCUUUGUUGUGUUAAAGAUGACAACAAAAUAGAAAGUCUAACGUUCUCAUUUCUGUUGCUCAGUUCAAAUGGACGAGAAACCAGAAUGCAGUCGCGAUAUAAAGCCGAAGAAAUCAGAAAAAAGUAUACCAGACGAAGAACCAACAACUUCAGAAGCCCCAACAAAUGCACUACUUCAAAAUGUCACUAUCUUAACGAAUGACCAAACAAUAUGUUUAAUGAACGAAAUACCUUCGAACAUCUUAAUGAAAGAGCAACCAACUGUAUUAUUAGAUCAACAAAGGAGAUCUCAAAUUGGAACAUCAGACGAGGAAUCUCAUUUACCGAAAACACAGACAGAUAAAAUAAUAUCUAUGCCAGCACCGACAGGGGAAUCGCUUGUAAUACAAGAUCAACCGAGUUUACCGAAAUACCAAACUGUAGCGAGCGGUCAUCAAGUUAUAACAACGUUAGGAAGUAGUUCAGGGCGCAGAUCACCUGUAACCAUGGAAUCAGGCAUUCCUUCAUGCGUCGCAAAAGUUGCAUCAACUACCCUUUCGUACAGUAGAAAUAAUUCGUAUUUAAGUUCCUACGGACCUCUAAUAAUUCGUUCGCCAGCUCAAAGUCCGAUUACAACGCAGCCCCAUUUGUCUCAGUUACCGCUACCAGCUUCGGUUACGGUUUCCACUCAACCACAAACUUUAUUUUUACAAGCACUGUCAAAACUUAAAGAAAGCUCGUUGACUCUGUCUGUUUUAAGUAAUUUAAGGCUUCUUCAACCCACUGCAAAUGGGAGUAAAGUUUUAAAUCUCGAUUUAAAUUCGGGAGAUAUAACUCCACCGGAUUCUUUGACGAGUGCACCGCCGUCCUAUUCGUUUGUGUUGAGGCAAAUGGCCGUUCGGAGGCGGCCGCGGUUCAUGGGAACCUUUUUCCCAUCUCCUUCGUUCGUUCUACAUACUCCUCCUCCUACUUAUACCACGGCGUUUGAUGUAUACAUAGAACCUGCUCUUCCCCCGCCUCCAUCGAGGGUCUAUACCUUCGGGUAUACUUCAAUGCCAAUGGUAUGCCCUGAAUGUGGUUACACCGGUAUGACAGUUGUUACUAGCCGAAUUACUAUAUGCACGCAUUUAUGUGCAUUUCUUUUAUGCUUGCUAUGCUGUUGGAUUUGUGCUCCCUUGCCCUACAUUUUGAAGUCAUGUAAAGAUGUUUAUCAUUAUUGUAGAAAUUGUAGAAGUUUUUUAGGAAUGUAUUGUCCAACAAAUCCGGAAAGCGUGUACCAGUAAACUAAAAUGUAUUGUAACAAAUAAUUUGUACCAUAUUUUUUAUUAUCAUUGCUU